AUCAAACCUAAGCCAUCACAAGCCCAUCUGCCCGUAUGCUGAACCAAAUUGAAAAUAGACCACAAAUAAUCCAAAACCAGAAGAGAAAUUAAAUGGAUGACAUUUCAAUUUCACUCUAGCUUCGAUAUCAUUUAACGGUUGAAUUUGAUGCCCUUGAAGAGAAGAAGAAGAUGGCUUCUUUGUUGGCAAAAUCAACAUUGACAAGAGGCAAAGAUGAAGUGUAUGUCGCUGCAGUGCCCUUAAGAGCCACAAAAGGAGCACCUCAGCUUCUCAUGUCUGCUGCUUAUUCUCUCAAUUUCUGGGAUUUGCAGCAUUUCAUGGUUAUUAUUAAAUCCCAUUCACCACCUUCCCCUUCUCAGGCCUUUCUAGUUUUUGAUUUUCAGCCAAAAGAUCCUGAAAAUAUAUUUACAGCACUUGCAGUUCUAUCUGGUAGAGCAGUGCCAGGAGCUGUUCUUACCCGGAAGUUGACAAAGCUUCCAAGAAGCAAAUGCUGGUUAGUUGGAUACACCCAAGUGGAUGCUUUAAGUGUUGCAAAUAAAUUCAGCUACAACUGGGAAACGGAUUUAAGAGUUGGCCGUCACGAUUGUCGUGAUUAUACAAACGGACUGGUGGAGUUUCUUACAGGAGAAAAAAGCGUGCUAGAGCGCCUGAGAAACACCUUCAGUGAGGCUGAGAAGUAAGAACAUCUACUGAAAGCUGCCUGAACAAUAUUUGUCAUACAAGAAAUGUCAAGAACUAUUAAGCUGGUUUUUAGUUAAUCCUUUUUUGCUUGAGCAAGGGACACAAGCUUAAAAUUCACUCUACCUGUUUAAGAACAAUAAUAGUCUAUGUUUAUAGGUUUAUGUUUAGCUUCUGUACAUGAAAGUUCUAAGUUGUUUUCACUUUCUUAUGUCAACAUGACUUGAAAGUUGUCAAGUGCUUCAGCUUGUAAAAUAGAAACUUCUAGGAAGAAGCCUAUAACUAUAUAAGUUGCAGUAUUAAAGAAAUUUCUGCUACUAUUAAUUCUUAAAUCACAAGAUUCUACUUGUCA